AGAACAUUAUCAGAGACCGCGAAGACUUCGGAACUGGGAUUUCUGCUACUUCGUCUGUUGUGACUCUUUCUCUACAUUUCUCGUUCUCUUCCUCAGCCUCAGAUCUCGCUUGCGGUCGCGGCGAUGCGGUUUGCCUCCUUUUUCGAUGAGGUCUCCCGGGCCUUCCGCGAUCGAACCGCCUUCUUCAAGCUCGUCGUCAUCAUGGCCGGCGCCAGUGGAGGAGGUCUUGUUGCUUAUGCUGAUGCAAGAUCGGAUUUGGAUUUGGCAUCAUCCCAUGGACCUACAAAGAAGAAGGUGGUAAUACUUGGUACUGGUUGGGCUGGCACAAGCUUUCUAAGGAACCUGGACAGCUCCCUUUAUGAUGUACAGGUCAUAUCACCUCGUAACUAUUUUGCAUUUACUCCUUUACUACCAAGUGUUACGUGUGGAACAGUGGAAGCACGGAGUAUCGUUGAGCCGAUCCGCAACAUCAUGAGAAAGAAAAAGGGUGAAAUUAAAUUUUGGGAAGCUGAGUGCUUCAAAAUUGAUCCAGCAAACAAGAGAGUUCAUUGUCGGUAUACUACGGCUCCAAACUCUGGUUGGACGGAUGAAUUUCUUGUUAAUUAUGACUACCUGGUGAUAGCAAUAGGUGCAAGGGCCAACACAUUUAACAUUCCGGGUGUGGAGGAGAACUGCCAUUUUCUUAAGGAAGUAGAGGAUGCUCAGAAAAUUCGUAGGAGUGUUAUGGACUGUUUUGAAAGGGCCAGCCUUCCAAAUCUAGAUGAGGAUGAAAGGAAGAAGAAUCUUCAUUUUGUUAUUGUUGGAGGUGGCCCAACUGGUGUCGAAUUUGCUGCUGAGUUGCAUGAUUUUGUUUCUGAAGAUUUAUCCAAAUUAUACCCUUCUGUUUAUGGCCUAGUGAAAAUAGAAGUCAUUGAGGCUGGCGAGCAUAUUCUGACAAUGUUUGACAAAAGGAUUAGUAGGUUUGCGGAAGAGAAGUUCCAGAGAGACGGUAUUGAUCUCAAAACAGGAUUCAGGGUCGUGAAGGUCUCUGAAAAAGAAAUUACCAUGGCAUCCAAGUCAACUGGAGAAUUUUCGGAACCUUAUGGUAUGGCUGUGUGGUCUACCGGUAUAGGUACCCGACCUGUUAUUGUGGACUUCAUGAAACAAAUUGGACAGGGUAAUAGGCGUGUUUUGGCUACUGAUGAGUGGCUGAGAGUUUGUGGAUGCGAUGGUAUCUAUGCUGUUGGAGAUUGUGCAUCAAUCAGUCAAAGGAAAGUCGUGGAAGAUAUUGCAGAAAUAUUCAGGAUAGCAGAUAAAGAUAAUUCUGGAACUUUGACAGUAAAAGAAAUUCAGGAUGUUUUAGAAGAUUUUUGCAUGAGGUAUCCUCAAUUAGAACUAUAUUUGAAGAGCAAGCGAAUGAGCAGCAUUCUAGAACUUCUGAAGGACUCUAAAGGCGAUGCUACGAAAGAGGCCAUAGAAGUGGACAUAGAAGAGUUCAGGAAAGCUCUUACUGACGUGGAUUCACAAGUAAAGACUCUUCCAGCUACAGCUCAGGUUGCUGCCCAGCAAGGGAGUUAUCUUGCCAGAUGUUUUAACAAAAUGAAGGACACUGAAGAACAUCCUGAAGGUCCUUUGCGUUUCAGAGGGAGUGGCCGUCACCAAUUCCGCCCUUUUCGGUACAAGCACUUUGGACAAUUUGCUCCACUAGGUGGUGAACAAGCAGCUGCACAGUUACCAGGAGAUUGGAUCUCUAUAGGUCAUAGCUCGCAGUGGCUAUGGUAUUCUGUCUAUGCAAGUAAACAAGUGAGUUGGCGCACGAGGCUGCUGGUGAUUUCAGACUGGACAAAGCGAUUCAUAUUUGGAAGGGACUCUAGUUGCAUGUAAUCAGUAAACGCCUUGAGAAAUCAAUCUGAGAUAGGAAUUUCUAUUAUUCUGUUUCCAAAAUCAUGCUAU